GACGCACGCCUCAAAACGAGUUUUUAAUUUUAAAAUAGAACCUCUUUACAUCGAAUACGAGUGAAUGUUUGUGGUCAUUCAACUGUUUAUAGUAUUACAAUAAUCGGUUUUUUGAACCUUUGGUCGAGUGACAUAUAUUUUUAUCUGUGUUCAUAGUGUUGUGUUACCGGAAAUGCGUUGUUUGUAAUUAGAAUUCGAAGAUGCAUUGACUGGCUUCAUGCAAACCUAAGUAUGCCGUUCAUCGACAUCGCAUUCGCAGCUGAGAUCAGCCGGUAUGAAGACCCGGAGUUUGAGGAGGUAGCUCGACGGAACUGCAAUGAGGAUCCGGACAAACGACAGUCGGCUAUCGAAGAGCUUAGGAGUAUGAUCUAUGAGCGGGGCUUGUGUAAUCCUCGUCGAAUGGAUGAUGCAUACCUUCUUCGCUUUCUUCGGUGUAGGAGAUUUAUACCGGCGCUUGCACAUAAAUUGAUGGUUCGAUAUGAAGACUUUAGACGUAAAAACGCAUACUUAUAUAACUGCAGUGCCUUCGGCUUGCAGAAAGUGAAGAAUGUGUAUGGGGGCACAUUACCUGAUAGCCCUGAAAAUGGCCGCAUCACGCUUAUGAGGUUCGGGCGCUGGGACAGCGAGGAGAUACCAAUAGAAGACGUAGUGCGAUGUGCACUAAUCAUGGAUGAAAUAGCAGCCAUGCAGCCCAGGCUACAGAUCCUCGGAGUCACUAUUAUUGUGGACCUCGAGGGUUUAGGGGUUCGGCAUGUUAGUAAGCUGACGAGGACAGUGGCAGGACAGAUCGUAGCUUUAAUGGGGGUAUCCUUCCCAAUUCACAUCCACGCAGUGCACGUGGUGAACUACAAUUGGUUUAUCAGCACGUUCUUCAGCCUCUUCAAGCAGUUUAUACCAACUGCAGCGUGGGCUCGCCUCCACUUCCACGGUUACGACAUGGCCUCCCUCCACAAGCAUAUAGACCCUGAAUAUCUCCCCCCAGAAUAUGGUGGACAGUGCCCACACGUCAUAAGUACCGAGGAGUGGUUGCGGAAGAUCGAUAUAUUUAAAGACGAUUUCAUGGUGCAAGAACUUAGAGAACUGGGGUUUGUGGUUGAAAGUGAAAAAUGCACCAGAAGAGUAUGCAGUAGCAAGAGUUGAUGAGCACGUUUCGCCAUACCAUGGAAACAAUCCCUGUUGGGAGGUGCUGC